AUGCCUUUGCUUUACUUCGGUCUGCUCGUUUUCGUUUCUCGCCUUCUUAAUCUCACAGCCCAGCCUGAUUUCCGAGCGUUCUAUUGUUACCUAGGAGGAGGUAACGACACAGACAAAAGUGACUACCUGGCCAACCUCAAGACCCUUCUUUCUGGUUUCACUUCCGACAACACAAACAUUGAAUACGGCUUCAUCAAUUCCUCUUACGGCCAAAACCCUGACACCGUUCACGCAUUUGGAUUCUGCAGAGGCGAUGUGAAACCAGAUUCUUGCCGCAGUUGCCUCCUCAACGCCACAAUCCUUCUCCCACGACUUUGUCCAAAUCAGAAGGAUGCAGUUGGAUACUAUGACGACUGCACGUUUCUAUACUCAUAUCGUUCAAUAUAUGGAAUAUACAACGUCUCUGAUGUGAUAUGCCCUCUGUGGAACCUGGCAAGUUCAACGACACUUACGGAUAACUACGUACAGGUACUAUUGGACAAAGUAAAGAACCAAGCACCAAUCGGGGAUUCUCAUCGUAAGUUUGCAGCAGCAAAUGAUAGUACCGGCGAAUAUAGGAAAGUGUAUGCUUUUGCUCAGUGCAGUCCAGAUCUGCCUGAGGAUUAUUGCAGGUCCUGCUUACAGGAUGUUUCCCAACGAAUCCAACUAUGCUGUGAAGGAAAGAAUGGUGGUAGGGUUCUCCAUCCGAGCUGCUAUAUUAGAUAUGAGAGCUACCUCUUCUAUGAUUACACGGCUGUUUCAGCCCAGCCAUCUCCUCCGCCAUCCAGCCCCGUGACGCCGCCGCCCCAAGUUGGAGAAGAAGGUUUUAAUCUGAGGUCCUUGCAAUUUAGCUUAGCUACAAUUGAAGCUGCAACAAAUAAGUUUUCUGAAGAGAACAAAAUAGGAAAAGGAGGAUUUGGAGAAGUUUACAAGGGCACUCUUCCUGAUGGACGAGAAGUUGCUGUCAAGAGACUCUCUAGAAGUUCAAUGCAAGGAACAUUAGAAUUCAAGAAUGAAAUUUUGCUUAUAGCCAAGCUCCAGCAUAGAAAUUUGGUGACGUUAUUGGGAUUUUGCUUGGAAAAACAAGAAAAAAUUCUUAUUUAUGAAUACGUACCUAACAAAAGCAUUGAUUUCUUCUUAUUUGAUUCGGACAAGCAAAGAUUAUUCAAUUGGUUUGAGCGGUUCAAGAUCAUUGGGGGAAUAGCACAAGGACUUUGUUAUCUACAUGAACAUUCACGCCUUAAAGUCAUCCAUCGUGACCUCAAACCAAGCAAUGUUUUACUAGAUAAUAAGAUGAAUGCAAAAAUAUUAGAUUUUGGUAUGGCAAGAAUGAUUUCUAUAGAUGAAGACCAAGGAAACACAAAUAGAAUUGUCGGAACACAUGGUUAUAUGGCUCCUGAAUAUUUAAUACAUGGACAAUUUUCUGAAAAGUCGGAUGUAUUUAGUUUUGGAGUCAUAGUUUUAGAAGUGCUUAGUGGGAAGAGAAAUGCCAGAUCCUAUGAAUCAUACCUCUUAACAAAUGUCUGGAAGCAGUGGAAUGAGGGAAAAUCAUUACAAAUAUUGGACCCUUUUCUGAUGGAAUCAUGUUCUCAAACUGAAGCAACAAAAUGUGUGCAAAUUGGGCUAUUGUGCGUUCAACAAAAUCCAGAAGAUAGGCCAACAAUGGCUCAGAUUGUUUCAUAUCUCAGCAAUCUUUCCGUUGACUUACCAUCUCCAAGAGAACCUGCAUUCUUCAUGCAUUCCAAUCCAACUAUAGUCGCAGAAUUGAGUUUGGAUCAAACUCUCCAGAGUUCAACUUCCAAGUCAGCUGUUUCAAAUGACUCGUCUCAGUUCUUGCCUCGAUGA